GUAAUUCUAAAUUAAGGUUACGCAGAGCCAAAUUUACCAAUAUUCAAAAUAGGCAGUUGAUUUGGGCCCCGGCUCAACGAAGGCCCCUAAAUUCAUAUAGACCUGGCAAUUUUUAGUAAGAUUUUUAAGAUGAAGAAUAAACCGCUUUUUUAAAAGUAAAAUAAAAAUAACAUUAUUUUACCUAAUAAAUUUAAAUAGCAAUUACGGUUUAAGAAAAAUUAAUAAGCAAAAAAUUCAAUAAUUAAUAAUAUUCAAAUUAUUCUCAAAUAAAUGCCCCUCCUCUGACUUUUGCUUAGGGCGCAUAAAAAUGUAAAUCCGGCCCUGACGUUACGUACUCUUUCUAAUUUUAGGUUUUUAUUAUCAAGGUUAAGCUGUAUAGAGGGAAUUUAAUUGCAUAAUAUUGUGCAUUCAGUUAAUACGUAAGUUAUGAACGGUGUUUAUAAUAAUAUAAAUUUUAACCGCCUAAAUCGAUAUUUUUAAAUAUAUAAAUAAUUACUUAAGUGCUUAAAAUUAACUAAAAUAAAACAAUCUAGGUAAUAAUUUUAUUCAAUCAAAUACAAUGGACAAAUACGGUAUAAAUGAAAGUGACAUAACAAGUUUGGUUCAAACAGUUCUGGAUCAAGAAAAUAUUAAAGAUGGAGAAAUUACAAUUAAAGGGACCACUGGAGCGGGUGAUGGCUAUACCGGCAUAGUAAUAUUUGUGGAUGCAAAUGGUACCAAGGAUGGUGAAAAAGUUACGUUAAAUCUGGCCGUAAAACACAGCACUACAGUUAAAUCGCAACGCGAUGUUAUGCCAAUCAAGGGGAUUUACAAAACAGAAUCUACUGUUUACGAAACCGUCAUCCCCAAGUACCAAAACUUUUUAAAAGAACACGAGUUACCGCUCCUGGAUAUAUUUGCAAAAUGGUAUAAAACUGAAAUAAAUGAAGCUGGUGAAACAAUAGUCUUUGAUAAUUUGAAGGUCCAAGGCUUUGAAAUGCAUGAUGUGAAAACCCCGAUGAACUUAAAUCAUUUAAGAUUGCUUUUGGAUAAAUAUGCUAGAUUUCAUGCAACAGGGUUUGCUUUUAAAAUAAAAAAUCCGGAUGAAUUUAAAAAAAUUGCAUCCAUACUCAACGAGCCCGUAUAUGAGUUAAAUAAGAUUUUAAUAGAGUAUUUUAAUACAUUUAAUGAACAUUUACAAACAACUUUAAAAUCAAUGAACGAAUUUGAAUUGGUUGGUAAAGUUAAGGAUAUUUUAUAUGAAGACUUGCUAUUGAAAUAUGCCCAUGAUAAGCAUUCCAUUGUGACCCAUGCUGAUUGUUGGAACAACAAUUUAAUAUUUAAAUAUAAAAAGGGUAAUACACAUGAACCAGAAGAAGUGAAACUUUUGGACUGGCAAGUAAGCUCUGUGGGCAGUCCCAUGAUCGAUUUAAUACAAAUAAUUUUCUUAGGAAUAUCUACAGAAGAUUUAAAAAACGUAGACGAUUUAAUUAAUUACUACUACCUGCAAUUUUCUGAUUAUCUAAACAGCCUGGGAUGUGACGUUCAAGAUGUGUAUCCAAAAGACGAAUUUAUGGAAGAUUGGCAUUCUUACGCAAAAUAUUCCACUUGUUAUGCCCCUACACUUUAUGCAAUGGCUGACAAAGAUAGAAUUGAAAUGGACCUAAGUGACUUGAAAAAUAUUAUCGAGGCAUUUGAACCUUCAAAGGAUGACCAAGUUAAAAGAAGAACAUUGGAGUUGGUGAAAUAUUUGGCCGACAAAAAAAUGAUAUGAAAUCAAAUGUACAAUAAUAUUAAUAAAAGUUUGUUAUUUAUAAAGAUUGGGCUUUCAAUUAACCCUUAAAUGCAUCGCGUAGCAAAUUUGCAACGCUUCGGGAACUUUUAUAGUAGACAUACUGUAUUACUUGUAUUGGCU